UUACCCAGCGGCUCCUCGUCAGCUCGUCGUGCGUAAAUUACCCACAAGUCCAGUUGCGCUUCUUUUUUUACCCUCAAACUGUUGGAUUGCGCGCUGGUUUUGUUUCGCACAGAGACGACCAGGACAGGAGAUACUGGCAACAUCUCCGAGCAGCUCUACUUUGAUUUUUUUCCCCCCUCUUUAUCAAAUGGGGGGAGCAGACUGCAGCAGGGAGAGCCAAACGCCGACAGCACUUUGAAUAGGCAAGUCUUGAGGAGCCGUCAUGUUCUAGUGACAGACGGCAGUUUUAGAGCAAGAAGAAAGUGCACACAGUGACAAACAUGAGCGGCGGAGAAAUCCUCUUCCAAGGCUGGUUGAGAAAGUCACCACCAGAGAAAAAGCUGAGGAGAUAUGCAUGGAAGAAACGCUGGUUCAUACUGCGCAGCGGCCGCAUGAGCGGUGACCCCGAUGUUCUCGAGUACUACAAGAACGACCACUCCAAGAAACCCAUCCGGGUCAUCGACCUGCACUGCUGCGAGCAGGUGGACGCCGGCCUGACCUUUAAGAGGAAGGAGUUCCAAGACAGUUUUGUGUUUGACAUCAAGACCUCAGACCGCACUUUCUAUCUGGUAGCUGAGACGGAGGAGGAGAUGAACAAGUGGGUCCGCUCCAUCUGCCAGCUGUGUGGGUUCAACCAAUCGGACGACAACCACGAUGGCAGGUUGCACCAUAUGCCCCGUUCUGUCGGAGCAGAUGUCCCAGGAUCAAUGGCUCCUCUGACCGGAGAACGCAAGUCCUCUGCCCCCAUCCACUCCAGCCAGCCAGUCCUCUUCACCUUCGAUGUGCCUGUACGCCACUCACACCACGGCUCCCUGUCCAACAGUGCACCCCAGGACUACCUCCUCCUCCAUCAGUGCAUGAGCAGGAAGACAGAGAGUGCACGGAGUGCCAGCUUCUCCCAGGCCACACGAAGUAAUCUGUUUAUGGGAAGCGACUCUGCGGUGCAGAAACUCUCUCAUGGCUUCUCCCACUGUCUGAACGGCAUGGGCGCUCAAUUGCACGGCUUCUACAGCCUCCCAAAGCCGGGAAAACAGCAGUCACCGCUGAAUGAUGACUCCCCCCAGGAGGCCUGUUACGUGCUGCCCAGGGGUUACAGCUCUGAGGCACCGGCUCACAGCGGUCUGGGUGAGCCUGACCUGGAAAACGAGGAGGUUUACACCUUCAAAAUGCCCUGCAACACCCUCGCCACCAUGCACAACAACGAGCGACCAACUGACAACUACGACCUUCCCACGCCGCCUGGCUCUUUCUACCAGAUCCCCCGGACGUUUGAUAAGAAUCAUAAUGCCCUGACACCCUCCAGCUCAGAGUCCUCCUGUGCUCCUCCACCAAGACCCCCAAAGCCCAGUCAGGGGUCAGAGAGUCAGUGGGGGAGUCCCCAGUCAGUGGGGAGCCAGAACGGAGAUUUGACUGCGGUGUCAGUUAUCCCUCGUAGGAAUACUCUCCCUGCCGUGGAGAACAUCAGGCUGCACAGAGGCUCUUCGUUUGAAACUAACAGCCAUCACCGUCCCAUCCAUUUCAAUAACUCAGGCCAGUCUGUGGAGUCUGUCAAUGAUGGCUUCAGCUCUUACCUGAGAACCAGAACCCCUCUGACACGGUCAGACAGUGGCAACUCAGAUGACAACUAUGUGCCCAUGAAUCCUGGCUCCUCGCCACUGAGCGCUGCCCAGGCUGACAGUCCUAAGAAUAUCUACAUCCCGAUGAGCCCUGGGCCACAUCACUUCGAUUUCCCAGGAUUCUCUGCAACAUUACCUGCCCGCAAGGGGAGCAGCGCCUCCUUGUGUCACCGGCCCAGCCGUCUCAGCGAUGUCACACCGCCACCCAUCAACCGCAACCUCAAACCUAACAGGAAAUCAAAGCCAACACCUCUUGAUUUGAAAAACAAUGGGAUCAUUGAUGAGCUGCCAUUUAAGAGCCCAGUCACCAUGUCCUGGACACGACCUAUGCCUGCUAUGAACUCCAUGUCCUCCCAGCCUUGUCGCCCUAUCUCUACACAAAGCAUCACCAGCACUGACUCUGCAGACAGUGAGGAGAAUUAUGUAGCUAUGCAGAACCCAGCGUCUACCUCCCCAGCCGUGAGUGGCACCAGCAGCCCAGCCCCGAGGAAAUGUGGCAACGUGGACUACCUAGCACUGGAUUUCCAGCCUGGGUCACCCAGCCCACACAGAAAACCUUCAACAUCCUCCGUGACCUCUGAUGAGAAGGUGGACUACGUGCAAGUGGACAAAGAGAAGACCCAGGCUCUGCAGAGCACCAUGCAGGAGUGGACGGAUGUGCGACAGUCUACUGAGCCAGCCAAGGGAGUCAAAUCCUGACACUGACCUGUGCAAACAGUGUGACAAAAAAACAGAAAAAAUGACACUUUUAAGUGAAGCAUCUCUGGUAUCAUGUUUCUAUCAUUACUAUAAUUCUGGUUGGCCUUGUUUUCAACUGAAAUACCUGGACUAAAAAGCCAUAAUCUCUCCUAUGCCUGAUCUUUGUGAUGACUUCUGAUGCAGUCUAGCUCUAACAUGCAGAAUAUAAGGCCAUACACAUGAAGUGCCCUGCCAAAGCUCUUCGUGCAGACGUUUAUAGCUGUAAAUGGAUAAUUGAUGAAUUAAUAACAUGUAUGAAAAUAUCAUCCUUACCCAUGAUUCCAUUUUUAUGAGUAACUCAUGUUCCAUGAAGGCUGUCGGACUCGCCUCCUAACAUUUUAAACCGCCGUUUAAAAGAGAAGCAGAGACUCACUGGUUCGAUAACCGUAUUAAUAUACUGUAAGAGUACGCUCACUGGUCUCAGCAAUGCCAAGAUGCACUCCAAUUUUGGCAUGCAGGCAGACUCUCUCUUUUCACUUCAAUCUAUCAUUUGUGCUGAGUCUCCCAGAAGCAGUGAAGAGAUUAUUUUCACUGCGGGCAAUAAUUUCAGCUUAGUAGUGCAUGUCUGCUAAGAGAAGGGGGAGCAAUGCUGCCUUACAAAUACGUGAAGGCCCAUGUCAGAAGCCUUAAUGAUUACUUUACAUGGCUGUUGCCUCUGUUUCCAUUAAGUAUGAGCCCUAACAAUAUCUAAAAGCUGUCUGGCUGGAUGGAAGGCCAAUUAUUUCAAAGCAGGUACAAAGUCAGGGUCGUCCAAAUGAAGUAAACACCACAGAAGAGAAAUAGAAGCUUCUUGUAUCUUUGUAGGUUUGACUAUAAUGGUCAGUUCACUUCAGGAGAUCUCUUAAUACAUUUCAUUUUCUGUGUGCACUGAUCAAGGAAACAAGAAAACAGAGUUUGAAGUAAAAAUAAAGCAGGAAGAGUACAAACCAAGGAGUUUAGUUACCCUGUUUCUGCUUUUCUCUCACUUCCCCCAAGAGACUAUAAAUACAAGUUAAGUCUGAGCAGAAUAGCAUAUUUAUGUUUUCUGGAGCUCAACCGUUUGCUGAUGUAUGCCUUUGGUCUUUGAUAUGCCAUACACUACAGCUACGUCUCUGAGGAGUAAUUGUUUCCUGUAUGUAAAUUAUUAAUAGAAUGACAUAUUUGCAGCACAUCAUGUGGACUGUUAGAAAUUUGAUGCAGUUGUCUGAGACAAAAAGGUGCACUAAAGUAAUGUAAAAUUGUGCUUUUCGUGCAAAGGCAACCUGCCAAAAUGAAGAUAUGCCAGUGAUCAUUCAGUAUGUUUACAUGCAUAGAAAAAUCAAGCUAUUCUUAUAACUCAAUCAGGAAAUUUUCUGGACUACUGUCUGUUGCAAGAGGGUUCCUGGUUUGAAUCCCCCUUAAACAGGGCCUUUCUGUAUGGAGUUUGCAUGUUCUACCAAAAGGAAGCUUAUGCUCUCUCCAGGUACUCUGCCUUAGAGGCUGACAUUUUUUGGGAAUUCCCAAGGGGCCCAGAAUUGGUUGUCAUUCCACUGUUCAGUCGUGUGAUUGGGAUUUGAAGGGAAAUAAAGAAUGUGGGGGUGGGCGGGAACCACCAUAACAAUAGACCAAUUUUUAUACAUAAAUAUGCACAUGCAGUUUGUUCAAGGGGUUAGGUUUUUUCACAGACUGAAGCACUGUAUAUUGACCAUACUUGGCAGCCAUUUUCCUUGUGGUUUUCUUUUAGAGUGCCAACACCGCAGCGCAAGUCAAACAAACCACUUUUCAUACACAAGAAAUUGAACUGCUGCAGCCAACACUUUCUCCAACAAUGCAAGCAACAACCCUUUUUUGAAAUAGAGAAAGACAAAGGCAAUCAAAUGAGGCAAAAUGUGACUGAGAAUGAAAAGUAAGACAAAAUGAUCCAUCUAUCAAGCUUACAGAACUUGUGGGGAAGUUGAAAAUUUUUGAAAAGUUCAUGAGAGUCGAGCAUGACGAAGCUAACACGCCCUAUGCUUCCUGUAAAUCAUUAAUUAGAUGCCAUGUUUGGAUAUAUAUUCAACUAUUCAGUGGAUGGGACGGUAGUAUGGUGUGCUCCAAUAAGGGAAAAACACAAGUAGGAACAGACUAAUUAUGUGUUUACUUUACAUUACAUUGUCUAAUAUGACUGAAAGGUGUAUUUCUGUCAAAAUCACAUCAAAUGUUCAGCUGAUCCAGAUAAAACUGUUCCAUUCUUGAUCGCCCUGGGGUUGAUAUGAUAGCUGUAAGGAUUUAAAGAUAAAAGAUACCCUAAAAACUUAAACAUCUUGUUUUAUCCACAUAUUAAUCAUCAUUUGGGGGCCAGAUAGCGAGCUAUGGGGGGCCUGAUAUGGCCCCCGGGCUGCCAAUUGUUGAUCACUGCUGUAGGGCCUGCACAGCACUCAUAGCUGGCAUAUGCCAGUGCGGCACUUCACCACGUCAACCUGGGUCCUGUGCUGCUUUGGCCUCCUUACGGCCUUCAUCCAAACCUGUUCCAGACCAAUACCCCAUCGUUUGAGGUAUCCUCCCAGCUGCCCCCUCCAAAUUGCAUGCAACCGCCCCCAGUGCCUGGUCACAAAAGAGUCCAGUUGGCGCCUUUGAUCAUCAGUGAGUGUCAAGGCCUCACAAGAGCAUAGUAAGACCAGGAGGACCAAAAGACUUGUCCGCAUGCUCAGUUACCAGGAAUGCCACAUUCCCCACUCAGUGUCUAACUCUAUUCAGCAUCCUUUCGCUCAGGUAAAGGCACAAAAAAAAACCCACCCUCAAAAAAGUCUCUAGAAGUCCAGUAUUAGUCUGACAACCACAGUAAUUUUACGCUCUCUUUCUGCAUGUAAACGUACUGACUGUCACUUAAAAUUAGUCAAGGAUGGAAUUUGUCUUAAUUUCCUAAACUUUUAUAUUUGUUAAAUUUGCCUUAUAUUUUCAUUUCAGUUGAGAUGUAAAAUUUGCCUUUUAGAUAUUAUUCACAAUAAUAUUGAGUCCAGUAUUUCACUGUGGGCUGGAACCACUGUAGGGUCAAUCCCUCUGAUCGUAAAGCAUGGCCAUGCAGUGCUCGAUGGUGUUAUUGAUUCUAUUGAGAUUAGCUUCUUAAUGUUUUUCUACUAUUUUUACUGUUUUGUAUUCUUUUUAUGAUUAUUUUCUACUGGUAGGUUUAAGCAAGAGAUAUUUCCGAGGGUCAGGUCAGACUAAAUUAAGCUAAGCUUGUUGCAUCCUGUAUUUUGUUUCUUUCUUACAUUUCCAGAUUGAAUUUUAUGAUCUGUUCAUGAAACAGGAAGGCUGGCAGAUUUGAGUCACACUGGCAGAGCCUCCCUGCGUGGACUGUGAUUCACAAAGAGUGAGAGGAAAGAAAAGACUGAAGAGAAGCCUGUCUCCCCCCCUGUCAGCCUCUGAAGUGAAAUGGAUGUGUAAUUUAUUAUCUAGAGAGACCCGUCAUAAGCAGAAGAGCUGUGUAUGUGUUGUGGUAGAUUGUGAGUUUUAGUAAGUUAAAUGACAGCUUGACUGGGCCAGAUUGAAAAACACUGCUCAGAUCUACUGUCAGACUGUCACUGGGUUGACGUACUGUACUAGUAGAUAUCUUUUUUUUUUUUACCACUGAUAUUGCUACUACUGUAAAGCAUUUGCAGACUGCUUGUGUGUUAAUUUAUUAAUUUAUUGUGCGUUUUGAAGUUAAUAAUUGUAAAAAGGAAAAAAACAAAAACCAAAUAAGGAAACCUUCUCUCUACUAACAUUGAUGUAUGCAAACUGUAUGUAAUUUGUGAAGCAAUAGUACAAAAGAUGCCAGUGUGAUGGUAAUGUGGUACAGUUCAUUUGGGAUACACAAGAAAACAAUACUUUGUUAUUCCUGUAUAAUGGUAGACUAAAACCUGUGGACAUAGAAUAAAUCAA